AUGGCUAUGAACAAGGUUCCUGGUCAUAACAUUUACGUCGGGGGCAUAUUCUCGCUGAAGAACAAGGCUGCCUUGGCCCGAGCUAAUGUCACCCAUGUCCUUUCAGUGAUACGAUUACAACCAACAGACGAUACAUUCUCGGGCUACCAGCAUCACCAUAUUGAGGUUGAUGAUCUUGAAGAUGAAAAUUUACUCGAACAUUUCACAUCUGCUAUCAAGUUCAUCCAGUCUGGCUUGGACGCGGGUGGCAGCGUGCUAGUACAUUGUGCAAUGGGAAAGUCCCGCUCCGCAACUGUCUGCAUUGCGUAUCUUCUUCGCCGCCAACGGAGUGUAUUGACACCGCAAUCUGCUCUUGCUCUUCUCAGGGAAUCUCGGCCCUUAUGUGAACCCAACCCAGGGUUCAUGGAGCAGCUCAAUGUUUACCACCAAAUGGGAUGUCCUGAUGAUGUUACUUCGCAUCCCCUCUAUAGCCGUUGGCUUUACCAUCGAGACGUUGAAGAGAGUGUAGCUUGUGGGCGUGCUCCCGAGAUGGAGUCUGUCUUAUUUGAGGAUGAACAACCGCAGCAACGCGCAGAUCUCACAACUCCAGCAACGGAGAUAAAGUGCCGCAAAUGCAGGCGAAAGUUGGCGAUCGCACCAUUCGUUGUCCCACAUGGAGUCCAUGGCGAUGCCAAAGCCGCAAUAACUUCCGAGUGUGCUCACAUAUUCAUGAGUCCUCUGACAUGGAUGCGGCCGAGUCUGUUCCCCCAAACCCCAGGAGAAGCACCUUUGUCGGGCCGUCUAACAUGUCCCAAUACCUCAUGCGGUUCCAACAUCGGGAAGUUUGCGUGGCAGGGAAUGCAAUGUAGCUGCGGCGACUGGGUUGUUCCCGCAAUCGGCCUUGCUAGGGCCAGGGUGGACAUCUCUGAGCCAGUCACCAUUCGACGCGGCCCAGGCUUACCUUCUGGUAUUCGCUUACCACCAAACAUGAGGCCAAAUAUAGGUGGCUUUGGUGCCAACCUUGAGAAUGAAAGGUAG